AUGCUCUUCCUUAUUUUCUAUAAACUCAUUCUCUAUUUUCCUAAAGGCUCGUUCCAAACACCAUUUACAAUUGAUUUCUCCCUUUCUCUGUCAGUUGAUCUCUCACGUUCUCCUUCAGUUGAUGUCUCUCGUUCUCUUUCAGCUGAUCGCUCUCUUUCUCUCUCACUUGAUAUCUCUCUUUCACUCGUAGUCAAUCUAUCUCUUUCUCUCUCUAUCACUCUCUUUCUCUUUCAGCUGGGCCCUCUCUUUCUCCCACAUGUGAUCUCUAUCUCUCUUUUCCUUUCAGUUGAUCUCUCUUUUUCUCUUUCAGUAGAUCGCUUUCUUUCACUCUGUCUCUAUUUUUCUCUCUCAGUUGAUCUCUCUCUUACUCCCUCGGUUGAUCUCUCUCUUUCACUUCCAUUUAAUCUCUCUCUCUCUCUUACAUUGAUCUCUCUUUCACUUGACCGCUCUCUUUCUUUGUCAUUUGAUCUCUUUCUUUCUCUCUCAGUUGAUUUCUCUCUUUCAGUUGAUCACUCUCUUUAUCUUUCUCUCUCUGUUGAUCUCUCUCUUACUCUUUCAUUUUUUCUCAUUGCUCUUUCAGUUGAUCUCUCUCUUUCUCUCUCAGUUAAUCUCUCGCUUUCUCUUUCAGUUAAUCUCUAUCUUUCUCUUUCAGUUGAUCUUUCUCUUACUUCUUCAGUUGAUCUCUUUUUUCUCUCUCAGUUGAUCUCUCUCUUUCUCUCUCAGUUGAUCUCUCUCAGUUAA